CUUUAGUUAUUUGGUUUUGUUCUCCUUACCUUUAUUAUUGUCUUAAAACUAGACGAUAUAGCUACAAUGUAUGUUACAUUGUAGUUAUCAUGUAAAGCAUAAAUAAGGUUUACAUGAAUUCAAAUUUUUUAAACACAAAUUAUUUCAUUAUUAAAGGGUCGAUAUUGAUAUGACGCAGCAAAGGACACUGCUAUAACUUUGGUGCUUUUAGUAUCCAGUACAAAGUUGUUACCAUGAAGAAAGUACUGUUAUUCAAGAGUGCUUCGGAGGACUACGAGAGGGUUUUCUCAGAACACAACUAUCAGACCGUUUUCAUUGAACCUCUCCAAUUUGUGUAUGUGAACUUGCAAGAGCUGAGUGAAAGACUGCAAAGCCCGCACUACCAGGGCCUCAUAUUAACUAGCCCCAGAGCCAUAGAAUCAGUUUCUAAGUGCUGGGCCCCUUCGAAGUUCGUGACAUGGAACACGAAACGUAUUUACACAGUUGGUGAAUCAAGUGGACACAAAGUUAAACUCCUGUUAGGUCUAGAAGCUUUAGGAACUACAACAGGAAAUGCAGAAAAUUUGGCAAAACUUGUAUUACAGGAGAAUUCAAGCCCAUCCAAUCUUCUCUUUCCAUGUGGAAACCUAAGUUCUGAACUAUUACCUAGUAUUUUACAGUCAGGAGGGAUCUCAGUUGAUGCUUUAACUGUGUAUGAGACAAAGGAGAAUGAGAACUUGAGAUCUGAUCUGAUGAGCGUGAAUGAGGAUGGGGAGGUAUGCUGCAUGGUGUUCUUCAGCCCCUCCGGCUGUGAAUAUGUGCAGAGACAGCUGCAGACCUUUAGUAACAAGCUAGCGCACUUGCCACACUUUGCCAUAGGCAAUUCUACUGCGCACAAGAUUGAGAAUCUUGGUUUAGAAAUAGCUGGUGUUGCAGCGAAGCCUAAAGCUGAAAGCGUUUUAGAAUCCGUUGAACAUUACUUCAGAACUUUAUAAAAUAAUGUGUAAUGUGUAACAAGGGAGUGGUUAAGAAAUUAAUUGUAUAAAUACUUAAAUUUGGCUAUGUUAAGUAGAACUAUUGGGUGAAAUUUGACAAUAGACAAGUUACUUGGUCUUUAUUGCAUAUACAUUAUUAUUGUGGUGUGUGGGAUUGUAGGGAAGUUAUUGUUGAGGCUGGGAGUGUGGCACCACCCCACUCUGCCCCACUUUGCUGUGUGAUACAUUCUUAGAUUAUUACCAAUGUUGACAGAAUAAACUGAUGUAAAGUAAUACAUUAAGUAUAUCUGCAUCGAAGCAUUCCUGUGUAUUUGUGUAGGAGAGUUGGCCAUAAUGGAUGUGUAAUGUGGUAAACAUUGCAACACAAAAUAAGUGUUGGGUACAUCUGUAACUUAAGUUGAUGUAUAAUAUAGUUACAAGUUAUUUUUUUAUGAAAAACAUAAAUUAAAUAUUUUCAAUUUG